GCACAGUCACGAUCAGAAAACACACUUCAUCUGAACAGGGACAGCUGGUAUUUGAAAAAACAAGUCCUGAUUUGAAUUAUGAGUGACAGUGAGAACACCCUUGAAAAAAACCUAAAGAAACUGCAAUGUCACUUCACCUGGGAGCUAAACAAGGAACAGGCUGACCUCAACCUCCUGGAGAUAAAACUACGUGAAACGCUGGAAGUAGUUCAGGAGGGCUUUGAAGGCAAUCUGAAAAGACACAGUUUAAACCUGCUGGCUUAUAUUAAACACCUAAAAGGUGAAGAUAAGAUAGCACUGGAAUGCUUAGAAAAGGCAGAGAGGGAAAACGCUCAUGGCGAGAGGCUGUGUGUAGUGACGUAUGGAAACCUGGCCUGGGUCUGCCAUCACAUUGGAGAUGACAUAAGAGCAGACGGGUAUAUUCAGAAGCUGGAGGAGAUACACAAGGCCUCUGCCACAGCCUCAACCUCUGUCCUGCUUGUGCCCAGAGAGGUCCACAGUGAAAAGGCCUGGUCCCUCCUCAAGUUCUCAAAGCACCACUACACAAGAGCCAAGGAGUGCUUUCAGGAGGCUCUGCAGAUGGAGCCUGAAGAUAAGGAGUGGAACUCGGGUUUUGCCUUCUCUCUGUUCCGCCAGGAGGGCCUGGUGACUAGGGAGGACCAGAGGCUCUCCUAUGAGGAUUCCCUUGCUGUUAAACAGCUGAAUUAUGUCCUGGAGCUCAACCCAGACAGUGCCAUGACCAGGGUCUACCUGGGCCUGAAGUGCUACAAGAACCGGAGGAACGCAGAGGCCUGGGGUUACAUGAGGAAGGCUCUGAGUCUGGCACCCUACGACCUCAGUGUGGUACUACAGGUGGGGAGGUUCAUGAAAAAGGAGCAGAGUUAUGAUGAAGCCCUGGCAGUGCUGCUUAGGAUGCUGCCGAGGGCGCCAAACUCUUCCCGCCUGCACCACGAGAUAGCCAACAACUACCGCUGGAGGGCUAAGCAGAGCGGAGACCCCCACAACCAAACACUGCUCAAACGCUGUGUGUUCCAUCUGGAGGAGGGGGCACGCCUCAACCCCACACACAUCUACCCUCAGGUGGGAAACGGCAGUGUGGAGUGCAAUAGGGAUUGCAUCAUCUGUGGAUCUGUUGGGACGGUGGAGCUGGCUGUGAGGUAUUCAGAGCUGAAGGACACCAGUAAGGCCAUGGAGAAGUUCCAAGAGCUGUGGUCCCGGUCAGAUCUGAAGCCCUCCGACCGCCAGGCCUGGCACCGCAUGUAUGGUGACGUCCAGCUCUACCACCUGGGCUCUGAGAAGACCGCUGUCAACCACUACAAGGAGGGCAUGAGGCUCUAUAAAAUAUCAACUGAAUGGAGUCAGUGUAGAAGAAGGCUGCUUAAAGUGCUGAGGUUUAACAAGGAGAGGAGAGGAGAUGACCCCUAUGAUAUCAGAGAGUUUGUUGACUCAUUCAAGAGAGGGGUUUUUAAUGUGGAGGACGCUGGGGUGUCGACACUGACACCGGGCCACCCCUAGUCCACUUCAUAAUGAGUAGCCUUCCACUUUACCAUCAACAGCUCUUUACAUGUUUGAUCCUUCAUAAUAACAAUUUGCUGAUAAUGCAUUUAAUAUACACUGAGUACUCCAAACAUUAGGAACACCUUCCUAAUAUUGACUCCCCCCCCCCCCUUUGGCCUCAGAACAACCUCAAUUCGGCUGGGCAUGGACUCUACAAGGUGUCGAUCCUAUCCCAUGUUGACUCCAAUGCCUUUGGGUGGUGGACCAUUCUUCAUUCACAUGGGAAACUCAAGAGUGGAAAAAUCCAGCAGCGUUGCAGUUCUUAACACAAACCGGUGUGCCUGGCACCGACUACAAUUCCCUGUUCAAAGGCAAUUCAAUAUUUUGUCUUGCCCAUUCAUCCUCUGAAUGGCAUACAUACACAAUCCAUGUCUCAAUUGUCUCAAGGCUUAAAAAUCUUUAUUUAACCUGUCUCCUCCCCUUCAUCUACACUGAUUGAAGUGGAUUUAACAAGUGACAUCAAUAAGGGAUCAUAGCUUUCACCUGGAUUCACCUGGUCAGUCCUUGUCAUGUGUAUAUACUGACUGACUUUCACUUGGUCUAAAAAGCACUUUACAUACACUUUUUUGUAUAGGGGGUGGGGUGAAGGGAAUUAGGGGUGACUAAUAAAAUACUAUGUUACCCCUCAAAUUGAAAUAUAUAAAUAUAAUAUAUUUAAAUAUAAACAUUUUGCAUAUGACAUUGUUUAAAAUAAGUGAAUCACUGUGCAUGCUAUUCUAACAUACAGCUGAGAAGUGACAUGGAUUUAAGUGGUAAUUUUUGUAAAGAUUUACUAUUUCACAAUAAAAAAUAUGUUUGCUGAUA